AUGAUAUGUUUGACUUCAUUUUCAGUGCCAGCAAGAUUCCACAGACCCUUUCAAAAUAUAACAGCGAUACAGGGAAGUUCAGCCACUCUCGACUGCACAGUAGAUGGGGACAAACCUGUCAGCAUAAACUGGUUUCAAAAUGGCCACCGUUUUGAUGCUACUCUUCACGAACGAGUUACUGCAAAGGAGAUCGCAUUACCCAAUGGAGUGGCAGCAAAACUAGAAUUCGAACGGUUGCAGAGAACAGAUACAGCACGUUUUGUUUGCAGUGCUGCUAACAAAUAUGGUUCAGACAGAUCAGAAAUCCUGCUGGUGGUUCAAGAGCCACCAGAAACUCCUGUGAACUUCCAUGUUUCAAACUACAGCAGCCGCAGUGUUAGCUUGGCUUGGGAACCGCCGUACGACGGAAACAGUCGAAUCACGCACUACGUCGUGCAAUACAAAAAUACUUCAGUUACAUGGCAUUGGAAUGUUGCCCAGGUGCUGGUGCAAGGAGACCAGCAAAACGUCACCGUGGCGGGUCUUCUGCCCGCCCACGCGUACCACUUCAGAGCUCUCGCUAGCAACUCCAUUGGAACGUCCAACGCGACCAGCGAGCUCUCAGUAACCACAGAGGAAGAGCCCCCUGAAUCUCCACCAAGGGAUGUGAAAGUUAGGACGAAAAGUUCAGAGAGUCUUCUCGUUACGUGGAAGCCACCGGAGCAGAAAUUUCGGAAUGGAGAAAUCCUUGGGUACCAUAUUGGUUACAGAGAGAGUAACUCAUCUGACGAAUUCCAUUACAAAACGUUCGAAGUAAUCCCUGGAACGCAGCUGCAGGGGCUGCUCGACAGCCUGCGGAAGUUCACUGAAUACUCGGUGCACGUGCAGGCCUACAAUAGAGCGGGCACAGGUCCCAGGAGCACAGCAGUUGCCGCCAAGACAGACGAAGACGUUCCCGGAUCGCCUCCAGAGGACGUCAGAUGCGAGCCCUCGUCCUCCAGCAGCCUGUCUGUGUGGUGGUCUGCUCCCGCUACACAAAUCAACGGAGUUCUGCAGGGGUACAGGGUUCUGUACCGAGCCUUAUCUGACUGGGAUGAGCCUCCGGCACCCUCAGAAAGAGUAACAGGAGAGGAGAACAUGGAGCUGACCGACCUUCAGAGUUUCUGCAACUACAGCGUGGAGGUGAGGGCGUUCACCAGCAAGGGCGACGGAGCCGGCAGCCGCCCCGUCUUCUGCAGGACGCUGGAGGACGUUCCAGAUGAGCCAGCCGACAUCAAGGCACUUGUGAUGGAUUCAGAGACAAUUCUGCUUUCGUGGAGACCACCAAACUAUCCCAAUGGAAUACUUACGAAGUACAAAGUCUACAUUAAAUCGUUGGACGGAUUUGGUUUGACGCGGGACGAGUUCGACGUUCCGCCGGGUCAGACGGAGUUCCGCGUGCCGCACCUGCCCGCGCAGCGCCGCUACCUGCUGUGGGUGUCGGCCGCCACGGCUGCGGGGGAGGGCGCCGCCUCGCGACGCGUCACCCAGGCGCCGAGCCGCCGCGCUGGCAGUGCUGUGGAGAGCAGCAGCCGAGUGAGAAUCAGCGAGGAGUGGCAGCUGACCAUCAGCCCCACCCGGACCUCUGACAGCGGCCAGUACACGUGCUACGCCGAGAACGCCUUUGGCAGCGACCACGUGGUCUACUCCGUAACUAUAAGAGUACCGGCGGCUCCCGUCAACCUGAGCGCAUCCGCUGCCGGCCACACCAGCAUCCAGCUGCGCUGGCAGCUGCCCAGCGAGGCUCGCACUACUGUGCAAGGAUAUCACUUGCAUUAUAAAAAGGAGUUUGGCGAGUGGGAGCAGCUGACCCUGCCGGCAGAGAGCAGCAGCUGGAGGGUGAGCGAGCUGCAGUGUGGCUCCAGGUACCAGCUCUACCUGCAGGCGUUCAACAGGGAGGGGCGCAGCGCGGCCACGCCCACCACUGCCGCGAGGACUCUGGGAACAGCUCCUGUUGCUCCCACGGAUUCGAAACUGAUACGUGUCAAUUCGACGUGGAUAUCCCUAAACCUGAGUUCGUGGAGCGACGGCGGAUGCCCCAUCACCUCCGUGGUGGUGGAGUACAAGGCGCGCGGCGAGCCGACGUGGACGCUGGUCUCCAACAACGCGCAGGUGGGGCCUGGAGACAUGGCUGUGCUGGACCUGGCCUCCGGGGCGAGCUACCGGCUGCGUGUCACAGCACACAACAGCGCGGGCUCCACAGUCGCCACCUACAACUUCGCCACGCUCACACACGCCAGCGCUACUGCGCCGCCCGAGCUGACGGUGCACUCUGGCUACAGCGACAGGGGGCUGCACUCCGGGGUCAAGGUCAUCGCCCCCGCGCUCGCCGGCGCCCUUUUCCUACUCACCCUGGCAGCAGGCGUCUUGCUCCACCUGCGGAGAACCUCAGGGCGACCUCCACAGAGCAAGCACGAAGAGAAGCCGGCAGACGCCGCGCCGCCGUCAGAGCUGGGGGAGAGGUCGGUGGGGGCGCCGCAGACGCGGCCCAGUGCUGAAGCGCCGCAGGCGGCCACAACGGUGACGUCAGCUGCGGCGUCGGCCGGAGGAGGCGCUUACCAGGGGCCGCCGCUCUGCCUGCCGUUCCGUGACGUCAGCCCCUACGCCACGUUCCAAGUAGCUCAGGGAUGUCCGGACGUCGUGCAGCAGUCCGGCGCCCCCCCUACUGCCCACCACUCCCACUACGGGGACGGGAUGCACCAACAUGGAAAGAGAUUACUUGAAGAAGCUGAAGCAGAAGAAACACUUGAUAAAUCAGAUUCAGAAUCAUCUGAUGAGUGCAAAGAACUGGAACAUGAAACUAAUGCGAGGGGAUGGUGA